AUGAUUACUAACUUUAUAAUUUUAGUAUAUUUAGCAUCAUGGACAUUAUUCAUUGUUUUGAUAAUAUUGAUAGGAUAUCUAUUAGAUAAAUCAUUUAAAUUAGCAUAAAUAUCUCCUUAACCUAAGAAUAAAAGUCCAGCUGAAACAACAUUUGCAAUUCAACCAAUAACAUCUAAAUAAUAAAGUUAAAUUCGAACAUAAUAAAUAACAAGAUUUGAAAACAAUGAAUUAGAGGAUUUUUUUAAUAAUCAUGGAGAUAAUUCACCUAAUGUGAAUUAAGAAGAUUAAUUUUAUAAUAAUGGAGAAAGAAAUAUUACAGAAUAGAAUUCUCCAAUACGGUUAACGGUUGAUCCAAAAUAAGUUUCUUCUCCAAGAAUGAAUAGAACACCUUAAAGAUCAAAUACAUUAAGGAGAACAAUAUUGAGAAAACCAACGAUAGGUACAUAUGAGGGAAUAGAAACUGCAUAAACUACAAAUAGAAGAAGUUUAAAACCAACUGGAAAAUAAUAUAUAUAAAGUGAUAGAAGCAGUGUUGGUGAUCUUACACCAAGAUCAACGAAUUAAAAAUAAUAAUAACAUAAUUAACCAAGAACUUCAUAAUUUAGUAUUCUUGGAAAGAAUGAAGCAAUAAAAAAAGAUCAAAAUGUUUAGAUACCUAAACCAGAAAAUGAUAUUUAUGUAUAAAUUAAUGUAAAAAUAGAAAUGUCAUCAAUUUAGUAGGAUAUUUUAUUCUCACAAAGAAGGGAUAUCUAGAAUAUUUAUGAUCUUAACAAUAUAUUUUCGAUAAUUAAUUUGUUUGGAUGUAUCAGGAUUACUUAUACAUUAUUUACCAAAUCUUAAUCUAUGGAUUAUAAUUGGUAUAAUAACAGGCAUAAUAAUAUUAUUAAAAAUAAGUGAUUAUUAUGUAAUCAAAGGAAUAGUUCAUCAUUAUUAAAAGUUGAAAUAUAUUUUAAUUAUUUUAUGGAUGUCAAGUAUAGGAAUACUAGUUUGGCUCAUAAUAUUUUAUAGUUUUGAUAAUUUAUAAUGGUUAAUUGAAUAUCUACCUAGUUUACUAUUAGAUUUAGUAGUGAUUGAUCCAUUAAAGUACUUAAUGAUAAAAUAUUGUUUAUAAGAACCAAAGAAAGUCAGAGAACCUAAAUCAAAGGUAGAUGUUAUAAAAGUAAUGCAAUAAAUUAAAUGA